AUGAAGGAGGAGUACCUGUUCGCGGAGCCAUUGGCCACCACCACUCGGGGAGAUAUGUUCAGAAUGCUGGAAGCCUUCCUCAUCAAACAUGAGCUUGGCUGGGAACGACUUGUCGGGGUGUGUACAGAUGGGGCAUCUUCCAUGGCCGGAUGCAGAUCCGGCUUCAAAGCCUUCGUGAAGGAUGUCGCUCAACAUGUCUCCUUCGCCUACUGCAUGAUACAUCGCCAUGCUUUAGCGAUGAAGACUCUCCCUCCUGGUCUUCGAGAAGUGCUUUCAGAUGUGGUGAAGAUUGGGAACCACAUUCGAGAGAGCGCAACAAACUCAAGAAUCUUCAAAGCAAUGUGUGAAGAAAUGGGCGCCAAUUUCACUGUGCCGAUAUUACACACAGAGGAGCGCUGGCUUUUGCGUGGUAAAGUUCUCAAUCGUGUGAUUCAACUUCGAGAGGAAAUAGCGCUGUUCUUGGAGAGAGGGUGUACCGAGAAGGAGAAUCAGCUUCAUGAAAACAUGCAGGAUGAACUGUUCAUGAUGAAGGUUGCUUACUUGGCUGACUUAUUCGCCGAGGUGAAUUCCUUGAAACUGUCACUUCAAGGAAACCUCCCAAUGUUACACAUGGCUUGUGACAAAGUGGCAGCGUUCAGGAGGAAGAUUCACCUUCACCAGAGAAGAGUCCAGGACGGUUAUAUGACUACCUUUCCUGAGAUGAUGACUCUCCUAGAUGCUAUGCCAGAUUCUGAAUGCCUCUUCCACAAGGCGAUCUCAACCCACCUUCUGGCUAUUAGUGAAGCCAUCGAACAUUACUUCGCCUGACUGGACGACAGUUCUCGUGAUGAAUGGAUCGUCCAACC